AUGAAUGUACAAGUCAAGGAAGAUUACUCCAGAUCUUCUAGAAGAUUCCAAUUACUUAACAACUGGCAAAUUGUUUCUUGGUAUGUAUAGAUGCACCUGUUGCAGAAAAAAAAAAACGUUUAGUAGCUUAUUCUUAAGAUUGCAUGAGGACACUAUUGCUGUAUGAGUUGUAUUUAGUUUUCUGGUCACGUACGCUACAACACUGCUUUCCUACAACGUUUAACUGUUGAUAAUUAUUUGUAUCAUGUUCACUCAAUGUUUCUAAUGGGAAACGGAUGCAAGAAGAAUUAAGACCAAUUAAGAUUCCCGCCCAUUUCAUAUUUCUAGAAAUUUUAUUGAGCUGCUUUAAUCAUCCCACACAACUCGUAACAACGUAGUUCUCGUCAGGACAAACUGCAGCUCCCAAUCUUCGCACCACCACUUUCUCGCUCAAUUUGAAAAACUCUACAUGUUAAUAGCAAAAAGGAAACAAAGAAUACCUUAAAUAGCCCCACAUGAUAUUGCUUCGGGCAGUGCUAGGACAAUGUUGGUGAUUGUUGGCAGAGAGCCAUAUCUGCUCUGUUCAUAGAAAAAGAAGACCAGCUAGGAUGUGAAUUUGUAGCAAAGUGUUUGCCUGAUGUAUAUAUUUCUUUUUUUAUUUUGGCAAAGCGACUCACUUGAAUGAGUUUUUAUUCUAGGCAAAGCUUUGAAAAGGCUCCCAGAUGUGUCUAAUGGUCUAGUUCAUCCAUUAACAUGUUUCAGUAAACUGUAAACCAGAAUGACAACUUAAUUGUAAUGAUGUGAUAUUGAAGGAAAAUUAACUCUGUUCUUGUCUCGAAAUAAGCACUUUCCGAGAUUGAAGGUAUUAACUAUAUUGUUUUUGUUUAUGAAACCCGAAGGCUAUUAAGAGGCUGAGAGAGGGCCAAGGUUACCACAAUGCAUUUUUGUAACUAUCCCUGUUCGUUCAAUUCAAGACCUAGAAAGCAAUGAGAAAACUUAUUUCACCUCGUAAUUCGUGGAAUGUAGGAUACGCAUGCGUUAAAAGGAAAUCAAACCUUUAGCUUAGUUGCAGUCAUAUUAAAAUCAACUAAGUGUGCCGGGAGCAAGAUAUUUCUUGUGACGUUUUCAGCCAACACAAACAUUGCCAUUUACGCGGUGGUCUAUAUUCACUUACACCCUUUCCAAAGAAAGACGCGACUAAAUGUUUUCCUUUCACAAUCGAAAGCUAUGUUUAAUAGAAGUCGUCACACGCCGAACGUUAAUGACUUUGAUAGAGUAAUUCAAACGAGGCCGUAUAAGGUAGAGUAGUUCAGAUGUCAAACUUUGUCACUUAGGAGCCGAUUUCCAUUGUAAACAGAGAAUCUUUGUUCUCAUUAUGUAUUAGUAAUUACUAAUCAGAAAACAAUUGGCGAAAGGCAAAGGUAGAAAGCGUGUCGCCUUUUGAUUACUUGCCUUUUUCGUAGGCACGAGCUAAAAACGGAAGCUUGGUAAAAAAAAAAUCAGCUUUCACCGCUCGGAGUCUUCUUGUGUAAGUGGGUAAACUAAAUUAUAAGUUAGUGUUAAGUUCCAAGCGGCUUUCCUGAGCAUUUUGAGCCGUACAGGCCACUCUUUUUGGUUUUAAAGACUUCUUGUAAACAAAGCAGGUUCGCUUUAAUUACCAUUGACUUGCGCAGGAUCACCGCCACGAAAGUUGAAUGCUGCUCAGUUAAGUUCCUUAAAAAUACUUCAGUUUGGGGAUUCAUACGUUUGUCCUAUGCCUGAUGUCAAUGUGACCUUCACCAUGCGUACAAUUUUCCACAAAAAUUGAUUAGAAACAUACACUUCAGGUGUUAGCUUUCCCUGUGCCACUUUUUAUUGAGUAUGAGAGCGGCAGCAUUAAUUGCAAGUCGACUCUUUCUCAGGAGCUUCUAAGUUCACAUUCACACUUUCACAGUCUUAGCUACAGGUCAGCCUCAGAUUUUACAUAGGUUAAAGAGGCAUGUUCCUUUCUAAAGUGAAACUAUUUCUAUUUCGUCAGGCCGUUGAAAAUGCUGUUUUCCGUUACACAAGUCAUGGUUGUUGUGUUACUAUUAGCCGCCACCACGGGCAAAUCGACCCACAGACUACAACAACCUUCGGACUGCCGAAAAUCGAAAGGCUACCUCAUCAUGGGGAAGGCCAACUGUAGCUUCAGAAUUACAACUUUUGGUUGUCGAGGCGGCUGCUUGUCGUCGGCGAAACCUUUCAGCUAUGGAACUGGAUUUGCUUCGAGUUGUGGGUGCUGUGCACCUAUCGAAGAUACUAUUGAAGAAAAAACGGUAACCUGUUGGGGGGAAAGGAAAGUGAUUCGCUAUCCAGUGGCAAAAAGAUGUGCCUGCAGAACAUGCAACUGACAGAGUCUCAUUUUGUCUAUUCUUGGUCGAAUUGUAGCUUAAUUCAAAACAGCGACUGAGCAAUAAGUCAUCAAAAGGAAUUUAAGAUAGCAGAUGUAUUUCAGGUUUUGAUGCGUUUCCGAAAGUAACCCCACAACAAGACCUGAAACUUUGUUUAAAAAAAUUCUAUCGACAACAGGUUUAAGGUGAACACUAAUUUAAAAGUUAACGCUGCCGUAUUUAUGGCCAUGUAUUAUAUUUAUGAUUCAUUUUUGUAACCAGCUAUUUGAACGUACAGUUAGCUUACAAUACCUUUAUAAGUGUCAAUCAAGUGCAGAGGAUAUUGUGCUUCGUACCAUUGCACAUUUAAUGAAAACCAACUGGAGAACAACUUACAGAAGAUUAUGCAAUAGUGGUGCAACUUCUCAAUAUGUUGAUGGAAAGCGGUCGCAUAAAAAGCCAUUAAGAGAAAUUGGAGUGAAAAUCAUGCGAUAAUCUCUUCAGGGUAUCACCCAAUAUUAAAUGAGAUAUUUGCGAUUUAAACGGUUUGGCAUCUGUUAAGAUGUUUUUCAUUGGAAAAGGCAAUUAACAUUACUGUGAAAGAGACCAUUUUUGCCUACGGCAAGUUUCGAUUUCACGACCAAUUUACGUAUAUUGUUUUUGUUCGCAAACCUGCGUGAAAUAUCAUCGAUCCAAAAGAAAAAGAGACUGAACAAAAGCAAACACGUUUGGGGACACUAUAAGAUAACAGAGGCGACAGCCUUUUACAUAUGUGCAUAAAAGGGUUGAUUACGUAGGGAUUAUAUGUAUAUAACCUUAAACCUACCACAGGUAAUUGUAAAUAAUCUAAAUAAAUGUUUUCCCAUUAAAUCCUUGUAAUAAGGAAAUUCAGACCUAAUGAAAAUAGUCCGUAAAAUCCCUAGUUAAUGUUUAUUUAAAUGCUUCCUUUGUUUUUGGUUGUAAUGGUAAGCAGCUAUUGGCGAUCAAGAGCCUUCUCUCCACUCUCCCCAAAGUGGCAACUGAAAAUUUUCGCUAAAUCGGAUAUUUGUACCAGCUCCUAGAUUAAUGGCCUUAUUGGGAGGUCUCACAAACUUUCACCCACUGAAAUGCUACUUCAGUCGUGCAGGUGUAUUCUCAGUUAUACCAAAAUGUAUAGAUUUGUUUUCUCGAUGGCCUACAGUAUACCCUGAGUCCUACAGACGCCUGUUUAGAUGAAGACUACGAUAAUUUUCUGCUCAAUAAAGUUUUAAGCUCUCUGAAAACUCCAAGCUUGCAAUUUCUAACGAUAGAAAUCAUUUACCUCAUAGGAAAGAGGAACUAUUACCAUUAUAAUUAAAAUAUAAUCACCUUAACUGGUAUUUGUAUUUAUUGUAUUUCAUUAGCAAAGAAAAAACGGGCGACCGGUAUCUGGUAUAUGUAAAGAAAGCUUCGGAAGAAACACAAUAAAGUGCUACUCUG